UUCCAUCCCUAAAACCUCGCCGCGGGAAGAAUCUCAUCCUUUUAAGUGAGGGUUUUGUUUUGAUUCAAUCUCUGUAGGAAGAUGACUCGAGGAGUAGCGGUGAAGUCGAGUGGAGCUGGUGCUAAGAAGAAAGGAGUGUCGUUCGUGAUUGACUGCUCCAAACCAGUUGAUGAUACGAUCAUGGAGAUCGCCACGCUUGAGAAGUUUCUUCAGGAACGUAUCAAGGACGGAGGUAAAGCCGGUGCUCUUGGUAACUCCGUUUCCAUUAUUCGAGACAAGGGAAAGAUCACCGUCAACGCAGAUUUCAACUUCUCUAAACGGUACUUGAAGUAUCUAACGAAGAAGUAUUUGCAGAAGUAUAAUCUCCGUGAUUGGCUCCGUGUGAUUGCAUCUAACAAAGACAAAAAUGUUUAUGAGGUACGUUACUUCAGUAUUGACGACGAGCCAGCUAGUGACGAAGAGGAUUAAGCUCCACCUUCUUCGUCCCUUUUUAGUUACAAUUAGUCUAUAUUGGUUAUUUAUUCCUACCAAAUUUUUAUGUGUGGCAUUGGUGUAUUUGGGAAUGAAUUGAUGGUUAAGAUUGACACAAGAAUGACUAAAUUCAUUUUCGAAAUUUCUGAAAGAAAAGAAUGAGGAAUGGAAUGGCCGACUCUU